CCACCACACAGACUAUUGUUUCCAGCCAGGUAGUGUGGGAAGUGCAGUGGUGCAGGCUGGAACUAGAAACUAUUAGCUCCUCAGUCGCUGCUGAGUUACGUGUGUUUCCCAUGCAUUUUAGUCGUCAGAGAUAACGUGACUUUAUAUGACCACUCAUCAAGGCUGAUUGAGGAGUGCCGGACCUCUAGUGAAUCGAAUACAUCCGGUUGAAAAUAAAGCAAACGUUGAACGUGAAGUUUUAUCUCUUCUGCUGGGAAUCACACGGUGCCCUCAAUUUGAACAACUUUCUUUCAAGAAGAAGUUACUAAAAAAUUGCGCUUAUUAUUGUGUAGCGUUAGUUUGAUAUUAAAGAAAAUAUUAGUGUAAUGAUAACAAUAGAAAAUUAGAAACAAAUGUGAAGUUUUAACGCUGACACUAAGUACAAGAAACAAUACUUGAACGUUAUACAACAGCCCAAAUGUCACAUAAAAAUCAAAACGGCGUGACAAACGUCGCAUACGUCGUGGAGGCGGGCGAAGGAGCUAGUAAUGGAAAAGCUAAGAACGGCACCGCAGCGCAGCUGCCUCAACCUGACGCUCUACCAGAGGCAGCAGGCCGACAACAAUGGAGCAACCCCAUCGAGUUCCUGUUAUCCUGCGUGGCCAUGUCUGUUGGGCUGGGGAACAUUUGGCGGUUCCCGUUCGUGGCGUACGAGAACGGCGGCGGGGCGUUCCUCAUCCCGUAUUUGUGCGUACUGAUCUUCAUAGGCAAGCCCCUGUACUACAUGGAGCUUUGCUUGGGACAGUUCGCCUCCGCUGGUGCCGUCAAAGUCUGGCAACUCGCACCUGCAUUUAAAGGGGUUGGAUACGGUCAAGCGUUAGCCACAUGGUCGGUAGUUACUUACUACGUCUCCUUGAUGGCCUUAACGGUCUUCUACUUCUUCGCGUCGUUCUCUAGCGUGCUGCCGUGGUCAGAGUGUGGCGAGGGAUGGUCUACGAAAUACUGUGUGCGCUCGAGCUCCAAUCAUUCCCUUCUCACAUUCAACGUCUCCUUGGCUAAAUCUUCUUCAGAGGAAUACUUCAUAAACGAAGUGCUGCGAUCAGAUCCCAGCGGCCUGGACAACGGUAUGUCGGCCCCUGAGUGGCGCUUGAGCCUGUGCCUGCUCUUCUCUUGGCUCCUGAUAUUCCUGGUGCUGGUGAAGGGCGUCGCGAGUUCCGGUAAAGUGGCGUACUUCACGGCGCUCUUCCCUUACCUCGUGCUCUUCAUCUUGCUCGGAAGAGGUGCUACUCUUCCUGGCGCUGUGGACGGCAUCAUUUACUUCCUCAAACCGCAGUGGGAGAAGCUACUCGAAGUUAAGGUUUGGUACGCUGCUCUGUCGCAGUCUUUCUUCAGUCUUAGCGUCGGCUUCGGUUCCAUUAUCAUGUUUGCUUCAUACAACGACUUCAGGCAUAACGUCUACCGAGAUGCCACAAUCAUCUCCUACACCGACACCUUCACAUCCAUCUUGGCUGGGUUGACGAUCUUUUCAAUUCUCGGUUACCUCGCCAACGAGCUUGGAGUAGACGUGAAAGACGUGCUGAAGGGAGGAGGCAGUACUCUUGCCUUCGUCAGCUACCCUGACGUGCUCUCCCGCUUCACUUUCGCGCCUCAGUUCUUCGCUACUCUCUUCUUCCUGAUGCUCUUCACUCUGGGCAUCGGCAGCGCUACGGCCCUCACCGGCUGCGUCAUCACUAUUAUUUGUGAUGAGUUCCCGCGUUGGAAGAAAUGGUUGGUGACACUUUGUGUCUGCAUCGUCGGCUACCUCAUGGGACUUGUGUAUGUCACGCCGCAGGGGCAGUAUGUGCUCACUCUCAUUGAUUACUACGGAGGGGGCUUCUUGAUCUUCAUCUUAGCUGCUCUAGAGGUCAUUGCCGUUCACUGGGUGUACGGUAUCAAAAGAUUCUGCCUCGACAUCGAGUUUAUGUUGAACAGGAAGACAAGCUACUACUGGAAGUUCUGUUGGGCCAUUCUAAUACCCGUUGUGCUUAUCGUGGUCUUUUUCUACACCGUGGCUACAUCUGAGGCACUAACACACGGGAAGUAUGUCUUCGGCCCCGGCGCUAUCGGGUUCGGCGUGGCGCUGACACUGUUCGCUGUCUCCACGGUACCGGCACUCUUCCUGUACGCGUACGUGAAGCGCUACCGCAAGGGCAUGGGGCUCCUAGAGAGUGUCAAGGAUACGUUCAGACCGUCAGACAAGUGGGGUCCUAGAGAUCCUGUACUGAACAGGAAUUAUAAGGAUUUCUUAGCGGGAAAUAAUCCUGCUGUGCCCAUGGAUGGAAUUGAUAACCCUGCUUCUGACAUUGAGAUACAUAGAUUUUAAGAGCUUAUGAUCGUCUUUGUGUUAUAUGUUGAGAAGAUGUCGAUACAGAUUAUAAAAUUGAUGUAUUUUAAAUCAUAUUUUAAUUGAAAGGUAGUGAGUAUGGGUGAGUGUAAAAUAUAAGAAAGAAAUCUUAUGUCCAUACCAAGCAUAAUAUAGUGAGGUAAAGAUACUACUCUUGCAAAUACUAUGUUCAUUUUAAUGCAUAAACUAUUUUUUUAAUGUGUGGCCGUUUACAUCAAUAUAUGUAUCCUUCGAAAAGAAUUAAUUUACGUAAAUACUGCAAACUUCCUAGGAAAGUAACCAUAUGCACCGGAAUUGCCCACUAAAAUCAUAUUUGAUUUAAGUUUGUUAAGUUAUUAGAAUCCGAGAAUAAAUGACGGACAACUUUUCAAUCGAUAUUGAAGAAAGCUGUUGAAUUCAUAGUAAAUAACCUCUAUCAGACUGGGUAACUGUGAUAUUCAUGUAAAAAUCAUACCUAUUAGUGAAUUAGUGUCUAGGAUCGAGAAAUUCGGGAGGUAUCAGCAAGAAUGGUUAAUCGCAAUAUCAUGAAAAUCUGAUGAAAAUUGAUUUUAUUGAUUGACGGGACCGGGCAUUACGAAUAAAAGUCUGUUUUUUUUAAUUUGCAAUCAAUGAUGGUUUCCACUUUGCAGCUCUAUGACCUCUACUUUCUUGAAAUUUGUGAUAUUGAAGAAAUAUUAAAAUGUGUUUAAAACGUUCUAUAAUGUAAAAUAUUAUGGCUUUUUUAAUCGCAACUAUGCCCAAAAAAUGUAGACUGUUUUUUUCUUUUAGGUUAAAAUUCCACCCUUUCUGUCCGUAUGUUAGAGUCGUGAUGUAUAAUUGAUGCUUGCGGGAAUUUCGUACAUAAAUAAUAAAAAUACAUAAAUAAUACACAUGUAAUAAAAAAGUAAAUAAGCGCUACCGACCAAUUGUUUUAUGUUGAUUAGUGUACGUUUUUUGUUGAAACUCGAGCUUGUAGUCUCCUUACGCUCGCUAAAUAAAUUUUAACAAAAA